GUGUGUGUGUGUGUGUGUGUGUGUGUGUGUGUGUGCGUGCGCGCGUGUAUCUGUGUGUGUGUGUGUGCGCGUGCUGCGGAGCCGCAUCCUCUGACUCAUUUAUUCAGCAGAUCAACUGAAGCUGCAUCAGAGCCGUUAGACCAAGAGACUCGGAGCAGACCCGGUAUAUCCGGUCCACACCGAGCCGGCCGCAGUCUGUCGGGGGAUGACCGCAGUCCUUCAGGCAGCACAGUCUCUGCGGGUCUGGUCCGGGUCUGGUUACCGUGGUACAUGUUUGAGUUCUGGUCUCUGAUUGGUCGGAUCUUAAUUGGCAGCAGGAGCUGAGGUGUGUUUGUGGUUUAUGUUCAGGUGGUGUCUCCUCACGUGACUGCAGCUGAUGAUGGUGGUGGUUUAUGGAUCUCCUGCAGGCCUGGAUGAACCUGGUCUAUGUAUAUAGUCCGUUAGACUUAUUAAUCCAUCAGAUGACUGUAGUUAUAGCCGCAGCCUGGAGAACCUGCACAGCUGGUUAUUAGGGCUGUCCACAUACUUUUGGCCAAAGAGUGUAACUUGUUUCAGACACUGAUCGUGUGUGUGUGUGUGUGUGCGUGCGUGUGUGUGCGCGCGCGUGUGUGUGUGUGUGUGUGUGUGCUGCAGGCUGAUCAGGAUGAUGAUGAACUCCUCUGAGAAGAUGAAGAAGAAACCUCCAAAGGACAGUCUGACUCUGCUGCCAUGUUUCUACUUCGUGGAGCUGCCCAUCGUGGCUUCUUCUAUGGUGUCUCUUUACUUCCUGGAGCUGACUGACGUGGUUCAGCCGGCUCAGGUGGGUUUCCGCUGCCACGACAGAGACCUCAGCAUGCCGUAUGUGGACGGAGGAGACGAACUGAUCCCACUGCUGAUGCUGCUGAGCCUCGCGUUCGCCGGACCUGCUGCCUCGAUCAUGCUGGUUGAAGGUCUCAUCUACUGCCUGCAGUCCCGGCUGAAGCUGCGCAGACCGGAGGGAAGCAUCAACGCCGGAGGCUGCAACUUCAACUCCUUCCUGAGGAGGACGGUCCGCUUCGUGGGUGUGCACGUGUUCGGUCUGUGUGCGACGGCGUUGGUCACUGACAUCAUCCAGCUGUCGACAGGUUACCACGCUCCGUUCUUCCUCACCGUCUGUAAACCGAACUACACUCUCGCCGGCAUGUCGUGCGACAGAAACGCUUACAUCACUAAAGACAUCUGCUCGGGACAUGACCAGCAUGCCAUCAUGGCCGCCAGGAAAACCUUCCCUUCCCAGCAUGCAACUCUGUCUGCCUUCGCUGCUGUUUAUGUUUCUAUGUAUUUUAACUCGACCAUCUCCGACAGCACCAAGCUGCUGAAACCCGUCUUGGUCUUUGCUUUCGCCAUCGCGGCGGCGUUGACGGGUCUGACUCAGAUCACUCAGCAUCGCAGCCAUCCCAUCGACGUGUACGUGGGCUUCCUCAUCGGAGCCUUCAUCGCUGCUUAUCUGGCUUUUCACGCUGUUGCCAACUUCAAGUCCUCUGAUGACAUCACUCCGGCCCCGCCUCCCCUGCCCCCGAAGGAGGACCCUCUGCGAGCGCUGACAGAGCGGGGACACGAGUCGGUCUACAACAAGGGUCCCGCCUCUGCCUCGGAGAGUAACGAUGAGAUAGCAGCAGCUCCGGCCCCCAUGGACCGGCUGGAGGGCCUGGGGCCCCUGCAGAAGAAGGACUCCAUGGGGAGCCUGAAGAGGGCCAGCGUGGACGUGGAGCUGCUGGCGCCUCGCAGCCCCAUGGGGAAGGAGACCAUGCUGACCUUCAGUAACACGCUGCCGAGGGCUAGCAUGAAUGUUAACGGGGUGCUGGGGGCCAACACGGGACCGGAGGACCUCGUGCAGCCAGUGCAGCGGCGUCUGAAGGCCGUGCAGGUUCCCAUGGACCCAAUGCGUUCGCAGCAGCUGGUGUCAGAGUGGAAGCAGAAGUCGAUGGAGAUGAGAGGCCUGAGCGUCCGGGACGAGGCGGAGCGCGAGGGCAGCGAGGAUGGCUCUGAGGUGGGCUCUGUGGGAACAGACGAGGGGGGGUCUCGGGUCCCCAUCUACCAGCCCGCAGUGCAGUGUCGGAGGGCAGCUUCUAGUCGCAACCCCACACCACCUCCAGGGGGCGCCAAAGCUGUGGCAACUCCCAGACCACCGCAGAUCCCUGAAGCAGGACCUCCGCCAGUGUCCCCAAAGAGUGCCCUGACCCGGGCCAAGUGGCUCGCCAUCCGAGAGAAGACAAGCGGGGAGGGCUCGGCCCGCGGUGCCACCAACCAGCCACGACUCAUGCAGGUCAUCGCCAUGUCGAAGCAGCAGGGCCUCCUCCCCUCCUCCUCCUCGGGGGAGAAAUCCUCCGAGACAACCUCCACCUGCUCCGGCACCUCCUCCACUACCGACUCUCCGCACUACCGCACCCCCUCCGAGCAGCAGCGGGAGGGGUUGGGUAUCAUCACAGUGGACGCCCAUGCCCCUCACCAUCCUGUCGUACAAGCCCCACCCCCUCCUCAAGCCCCACCCCUCGCAGGUAACGGUAACCCAUGGGAGUGGGUGGGGGGGUCCAACGGGGGCGACCUGCGAGACACCUAUGACCUCAACAGCCUGAACCGGGGAGACUCUGCCGCCCACGGCAGCAGCUUCCGGCCGCACCGAUCCGCCUCGCCUCAUGCCGCACUUGACCCCAACCUGGCCCUGCCCCCACCUCACCCACAGGUGGAGAUGUCAGCAGACACUAAGAGCAGGGAGAUGGCCAUGAGACGCAAGACGGCGCUAGUUCUGUUGGAUCGAGAGAUUCGUAACCAGACUGAACAGGAGAACUAUUAUAAGAGUUUGCAGGGACGAAGGCUCAAGGAUUAGUCUCUUACCUUUUCAAAACAAAAGCCUUAUUUUGGUCAGGAACAGCACACCUGGACAGCAGUGAGGACCAUGUUGCUAUGCAUUUCUUGGGCUUCAUGUGAUGGAAAGUUGGAGCUGCAAGAAAUGAAAGUUUCCAUCCAGGAGGGUCAGGCUUUAUUCUCGGUGGCUCAACACUCUGGAUAGUUUUCUCUCGGCAUAAAAGACAUUUUAUCUGUGUUAUAACAGAGUAUCUCAAUGUCCAGGACUCCUGCAGUAUCCCAGGUUAUUGGUCCGAUAGUGCCAGAAAGUGGCACAGUGAAAUUUUUAAUAAUAACAAUCAUUCAAUUUUAAGCACCUUCCACAUAACCCAAGGACACUUUACAUACAGAAAACAAGCAAAAACUACAUUCAUAAAAAGUGCAGCUAAAAAGGUCUAGUCUUAAGUCUAGAUUUAAAUACAGAAAUUGACUCAUGUCAGAAAGAAUGGCUUCCAGUCUGUUAAUGUGUGAAGUUGUGCGUGCGGUGUAAUGUAUAUGGGGGUCUUUCAAAAACAUUUCCGUGGCAGUUUCUUUUAUACUUAUACGUUGUGGCCCAUUUGGUAGGUUAUAAAACACGCACUUACUGCAGAUGACAACAACACUGACAGUACGAAUACUCUCAGUAAUAAAAUACCUUCUGCUACCUGACGACCAGAACCGUUCGGUCUGGUUCACUGAUCCAGGAGAGGAUUUAUCUGAAUGAUGGAUUACCUUCAUCUUUAGUGGAGAGACGACUGUCCACAGCGUUGAGCCACUGAGCGGGAAGCUGGAGAGUUUCCAUAGCAACUCAUUCUAUGGAUAAUCUGAAUUUCAGCAACGAUUUUAAAGAUUCAUUCUGGAAGCACAAACAUGCAACAAACCUGAAACCUGCAGUGCAGCUCAUGUGAUAAGAUCGUGAUGUUGUUUCCUCUGCGGUCACAUCGCCUCCGACCACCAAACACGAGAUCAGGAUCUGCUUCGUGCCUCAGGCCCCGCCUCCCUGGAGGGGCAUGGCCUAUGACAGUGUUUCCUGUAGAGAAUUGGUGGCUGGUUUCCAUGCAGUAAGAAGAUAAACCAACUUUGUGGACGUUGUUUCCGUUUUGCAGGAACUUGAAAAGGCUCUGGACAUCGUGGCGGUGUGACUGCAUGGCGGCCAUGUUGGAGGUCUUACACUGAUUGUAUAUUACCUGGAUGAGUGUGUUGUUGCCUUGCUGUUGUGAUGGCUUGGUUGCUAUAGUGAUUCUCAGCAUGUUUGUUUGUUUGUUUGUGUGCUGCUCUCUGAUUGGUUGAGGCUGUAAGUCUGUUUUUGUGUGUGUGAAUCUGAAUGUGUGUAUUUAUUAAGGCUGGACCGAUAUGAGAUUAAAUAUUUAUAUAGAUACUGAUAUUCAGAAUUUAAAGAUACACUUACUGAUCUUAUUACAGCACCCCGAAAAGACUCCUAAAUAAACAAGUUUACUUAAAAUUUCUGUGAAUUGAUACAUCUGCUGAUAUGAAUUGUUUUCUUUCUUUAAGAAUUCUUUUACCCUAACACUAAUACUCAAUCACAGAAAUAGAACAGGAGCUCUUAGAAACAUAAAAAAUCAUUCUGUGAAAGACAAACUGCCUGAUUUGACGACUGCCUCUGAGCUCUCUGAGGCUCUGAAACCAAAUCAGUGAGUGUAUCUGUAAAUAUGAAGUAUUGAUGAGCCAAUACUGGGUCUGUCCCUGCUGUUAAUGUGUCUGUGUGUUGUUGCAUGUGUCGACAGUUUGAUUUAAAAUCAGACGGACGUCUUGUUCAUCUCUGAGAUAGUUUUUUUUUAUCCUGAGAACUGAAAAGAUUGAUGAUCUCUCGCAACAUUUCCAUUUGAAUGUAAAAACACGAAACAUCAUUUAUCUUGAAUCUGUGAAUUUUGUGACUGGAAACAGUAAAAAGAAAAAAAUGCUGCUAGAAAAAGAGUUGAAUCUGUCAAAAUAAGAGAAGAACAGAGUUGAAACAGUUUCAGACUGAAGGAUGGACGCUGCAUGCUCUGUGGUCGUUAUGAUGAAAGUUCAAAAUUAAAAGUUAUUCUUGAUCACUCUGA